AUGGCGAGUGUGAAUGUUUGGUUGUUUUAUCCGAACCUUGUUGGUUAUGUACGAAUCCUCCUGGCUGUUUUGUCAUUUCAAGCCAUGGUUUAUUAUCCACUCCGUGCAGUGUUGUGUUAUGCGUUAAGUGUUGCAUUGGAUGCCAUCGAUGGACACCUUGCCCGAUUAUAUAACCAAAGUUCACGAUUUGGUGCGAUGCUUGAUCAACUCACAGAUCGCUGUGGUACGAUGGCAUUGAUUAUGGCUCUUUGUCACUUCUAUCCGGAUUACUUGUUCCUUUUUCAGCUGUCAUCUAUUAUAGAUAUUGCAUCUCAUUGGUUGCAUUGCCACUCUGGUGAUCUCACUGGAAAAGUUACUCAUAAGGCUUCCACAAAUCCAGUGCUCAAUCUCUAUUAUACGUCAAAAGAAUUUCUUUUUUUCAUGUGUUUUGGUAAUGAAGCUUUCUAUGGUCUCUUAUAUGUGAAUCAUUUUUGGUCUGGUCCGGGUAUUUUCGGAAUAUACUUCAUACCUUUGCUCGCUGCUCUUUGUUUUCCUAUUGCAUUCGUUAAGAGUGCAAUAAGUUUAAUUCAUUUAGUAACUGCAGCACAGACUGUUGUAGAAUUUGAUAUUUCGCUUAUCGAAAAAGCUAAAAAAUAA